CAAUUGUUGACAUUUGAUCAGAUGUGACGUUGCUCUAGAGAAAAACUUGUCUGCAUGACCAAAGUUCGAAGACACAAUAACAUUUUUGAACGCUCUAAAACUCAAAGAGCACAAAACUGUUUUAAAGAAUACCGGAAAUUCUAAGCAACAUGUCGAAAACGGAACGAAGAAAACGGAAAAGGUCAGGAGAUGAGACCGACUUGGGGAACCGAAACGUGACCUUAGCAGACGUGGAACCUUCUGUGAAGAAGCCGACAUCCAUAGAAACUUUUGCAAAUGGUGCAGUGAGGCCUGCUAUUUUUCAUGACCCUGAAAGCCCAAGUGCUAGCAACUGGCCAGUUCCUACAUCUCAAAUUACUUUGGAGGAAGCCAAGAGAGGGACAGAGGUGCCAGUCAGGGUUUAUGCAGAUGGUAUUUUUGACCUUUUUCACUCUGGGCAUGCUAGAGCUUUGAUGCAGGCAAAAAACAUAUUUCCAAAUGCCUACUUGAUUGUUGGAGUUUGCAGCGAUGAACUGACCCAUCGACUAAAGGGCUUCACAGUCAUGAACGAAAGCGAACGGUAUGAAGCAUUACGUCACUGCAGAUAUGUUGAUGAGAUCGUCAGGGAUGCUCCUUGGGUUCUUGAUGUUGAAUUCUUGAGAGAGCACAGGAUUGACUUUGUUGCUCACGAUGACCUACCCUACAAUUCAGCGGGACAAGAUGAUGUUUACAAAGUUAUCAAAGAGAUGGGGAAAUUUGCUGCUACUCAGAGAACAGAAGGGAUUUCCACUUCUGAUAUUAUAACGAGAAUUGUCAAGGAUUAUGACCUGUAUGUUCGAAGGAACCUUUCCAGAGGGAUAAGUGCUAAAGAACUAAAUGUCAGCUACAUAAAGGAAAAGGAAUUCCAAAUGAAAGAUCGAAUCGAUCGAAUCAAAGGACAUAUUAGUAAAAAAUCAGAAAAGCUGAAGCAACAUUUGGAAAGAGUAGGGGACAAAUCCCAAGAGAUAAUACAUCGCUGGGAAGAUAAAUCACGUGAAUUUAUAACCGAUUUUCUGGACUUAUUUGGACGUGAUACCCGACUGAAUCAACUAUGGGAAGAGAGCAAAAACCGGCUAAGCAUCACGGGACAGCGAAUCAAGCGCGCUUUGUCACCAACUCGCCUUGAAGAGAAUGACGACGAAUUCUACAGCGUCGAAUCACCAACAUCUUCAUCGUCGUCAUCUUCUCUGCCAAGAAGACCAAGUUCAGCAUUAGCAGAAGUGAGUGAAGAUGAAGACUGAAUUCAAAGCAACCAAUUAUGUCUCUCAUAGAUGAUUGUAUUUAUUCACUCACGUAAAAUAAUUUUUGUUGUUUCCGACUGCAUGCUUACUGCGUCAGUAUAAGUUUUGAAUGUCUGUUAUUGUUUACAAAUAAUUUUGAAUAGCGUUAGGUUGCUGUUUUUGCGUCUUGAAGAUGGGAUAGUGUUGAAAUAAUGAUUUAACAUUCGUUCUUUUGUCAGUGUGAGGAAAAUUAAGGGCAUGGCCGUGCCGGCCACAUGUAUUUUCUUCUUACGAAGUUUCUUAGUCAUUUUUAUAUGAAAUCAGAUUCCAAAAAAUGGACCGUUCACCGGCUGCUAGGUCUGCUUCAUCUGUUGUUCAUCCAGUCAGAAGCCCAGUGCUAAACUGUGUCACAAAAUGAACUUUAUCAUGCUUUAUUGUUUUGCAACGGACGUCAAAAUCAAAGCUAGAUCAUCUUGUACUAAACUCUUUAGUGUAAAGAGUGUAAUUAAAGUUAUCGUUGCAUGGCAAAGGAUUUUUAUUUCGACCAAUUAGAACCAAUAUUCCAAGUCUAUGUUGCCCAGUCCAUCUUCCAUUAUCUUGCUCUUAAUCGUAAUAAGUAUAACUAAUUAUGCUAAGAUAUUAACACUUUAAUUUAUUUGUUUUUUUUAAUUUAGAUAGGUGUUGAUAUUUUCAUUGCAAGUCGUCUUGCUAAUCAAGUUAUCAGUGAUUUUCGUCGUUUUUUAGGAUUUCAUGAUUUUAAUCAGACAUAAUGAUUUUAAUCAUAGUCGUUAAUUCUUUGAUUUUAUCGGAAACGAUUUUAUGUUUGUAUCAUGGAUUUUGAAGGCUCCUUUCUUUGAUGACGUUGUAGACAGAAAUUGUUCCCUUCUACAACAUUGUAUUUGCAAUGAUUUCAUCUCUGUGAUAGAUAAUUUUUGUGUCCUAGUUGAUGGAGUAAUUAACGAAAACUGAGAGUAACGUAUUUUAAUUGUUGAAAUGUUACCUUAGUGGUUUGAAGAUCAAGAUUUGUGGAG